AUGGCUAAAAAAGACAGUCUUCUUGAACAUUCUUCUCGUCUUGAAAGUUACCUGAGUUGCCAUGUGUGUUCAGAGACUUUCAAAGAUCCUGUGUCUCUGAGCUGUAACCACAGCUUCUGUUCAAGCUGUCUGAAAAAAUUCUGGGAACAAGCUAAAAACAAAAACUGUCCCAUUUGUAAAAGGAAAUGCCCCGAAGAAGAACCUCGAGUGGAUUUUGCACUUAAGAAACUAGCUGACUCAUUUGCUGGGAGACAGAAAGCUGGAUCAUCUAAAACAGAAAAAAGAGAAAAGAAGGUGGAGGUGGUGUGUAGCAAACAUCAAGAAGAGCCUAAAUUGUUCUGUAAAGAUGAACAGAGAGCUUUGUGUACCGGCUGUGAUUUUCCUCACCAAAAAGAUCACAAUGUGGUUCCUGUUGAAGAAGUAAUCAGUGACCUGAGGGACCAGCUGAAGUCUGACUUAAAGCCUCUACAGGACAAGAGGAACAAAUACAAACAAGUGGAGAAAACAUACAAUGAAAUGAUUGAACACUCCAAGAAGCAGCUGUUGUCCACAAAGAAGCAGAUCAGAGCAGAGUUCAACAAGCUCCACCAGUUCCUGAAAGAGGAAGAGGAUAUCUCUGCUGUUGAAGAAAACCUGCAGAAACACAACGUGUCAUUCCUCAGCAGUUAUAAACCCACUCAGACCAGAGCCCAGAGCUCACUAUCAGAUCCACAGCUGGUCUCAGGAGCGCUGAUAGAUGUGGCCAAACACCUGGGCAACCUGUCCUUCAGAGUCUGGGAGAAGAUGAAGGAGGAGGUCCACUUCAGUCCUGUCAUUCUGGACCCAAACACUGCCAGUCCUCAUCUCUGUCUGUCUGAUGAUCUGACCAGUGUGAGAUUUGUAGGCACAUAUCAGCAGCUCCCUGAUAAUCCAGAGAGAUGCAAUUACUUUGCAGAUGUUCUGGGCUCUGAGGGCUUCAGCUCAGGGAAACACAGCUGGGAGGUGGAGGUGGGAGACCAUCCUGACUGGACUGUGGGUUUGGCUAAAGAGUCAGUUGACAGGAAGGGAAAGCGAUUUGUUUCACCAGACUAUGGAAUCUGGUGUUUACUGCAUCACAGUGGAAAAUACACUAAUGGUCUUGGUGGGACUGUCACAGUGAAGAAGAGUCUCCAGAGGAUCAGAGUCCAGCUGGACUAUGACAUGGGGGAUGUGUCCUUCUAUGACCCUGAAGACAAGACUCAUGUCUACACUCACAGAGACAUUUUCACUGAGAAACUCUUCCCUUUUUUUAUCAUUGGAAAGUCUGGUAAUGCUAAAACCACUGAUAUCAAAAUCUAUCAAACUGAGAUUUCACUGUGA